AUGGAGAGACCAACCAGCAUCUUCAACUGCAGGAAUGCCGGAAUGCCCAGUUGCAGUUGGACAGAAGACAAGUCGAAGGUUUGCGUGGGACAGGAUCGCCGCGGUCAGUAUUUUCCGAACAUGCCCGCCCUAAACCUGAGCAAUUUGACGGGCACUGCGGGGAUCAUCUGGGAUUGCGCAGUCCAGGGAUCCUACGUAGGCUUUGGGGUGGGGGGCUAUCUGGGGGUGGGCACUUCAGAGAUUCUCGAUGGGAUUCUCUUAAGGCAAGAGCUGUCGAUCCUCUUCGAGCGUUUCUACGGCCUGCGAAACCGGUGCGGCAGCAGCUCCUGUACCUACCAGCUGGUCUUGGAUGCCGUGGCAGCUGACCUGAGCCCCUUGGAAGAGUUCCUGGACCUGGAUGUAACUUGCUUCUACGCCGAUGGAGGCUGCCAGCAGCGCUAUCAGGUCUACGAGCGAGCAAGUGUCGAAUUGCGCGAAGGAGGCACUCAAGCAGUGGGAGCCGACUCCGGACUGAACCUUGACCUUCAAAACACGGAGGCAGGUGCGCAACACCUCUUGCCUGGUGCGGUAAAUCUCACACUGCGCCUCUCCGCUGCGAACCUGCCUGGCAUCGAACAGAGCGCCUACCUCCGCCUCUACCUCCUUCCCAUCACACAGUGGAGUCUUCCCAUCGGCUCCUGCGCCUCCCUCUGCGCUGCCUCGCCUGGCUAUGACUGCGGGACCCCCGACUGUGUUGUCGAACAGCUGCUGCCAAUGGUCUUCCGCAGCUACCUGGAGCGCUAUGUGGUUUUGCGCGUGCAGCUCCCGGCAACCAUGGACACGGCCGUCGGCAACAUCGUUCACACCCUGUCGGUGCUGAGUCUCCCGAAUCCAUCGGCUGACAUUUUUCCGAUCGAGCUGCCGGCCCAGCUGAGCAACAGCCAGGAUGCAGAGCCGCAGUACCUUGCAAACAUCGGCUACAUCUCAUACCUGUCAGAAGGAAACCCGCUCUCCUUUGCACGAAUACUGCAGACGGGACGUGAGGGUUCGGGACCUCACCCUUUCGUUGGUCAGCGGAACACGCUCUAUGUCCAGAUCGGCUUCGGUGUGACAACGGGACGGCUUACCAUGCUGGAGUUGUAUCCUCCUGCUGGAGUGGCUUGCCAAGUCACUGAGGAAGGACAUGUACUGCAUGAGCUGGACAACAGUACUGCGCUGGUGACUGAAUUGCCGCUGGCUGGUGGUCAGACGGCCCCCUUCGAUGACAACGUGCAGCGCCUUUGCCGGGCAAAGUUAACGGCUCCAGACACGGAAAGGUUAUUGCAAUAA